AAUGUUAUCUGUUCUUUAAGUGAUAUGUUGACAUAAAUCAAUCGCGUAUUCAGGCAAUGCAAAAUAGGAAACAGCGUACGACUCUUUCCGAAAUUUCUGCUGUUUGGGUGGCGUUUGUACCUCCUAGGAGAAAUGAACGGCCAAUAUACUGAUGGCAGCUGAUGAGAGAGCGGCUCGUAGAGAAGCGAGAAGGCGAAGAAUUUUAGAAAAUUCGGAGAACAGGUUGCAGAGAAUAACAGGAAGAUAUGAGAGCGGGUCAGAUGCAAAAGCGGAGUAUUCAACAACAGGUGAAGAAGCAACGACGUGGAAGAGUAGCAUUCAAAAGGAUGCGAUAAAUGGGCUUAUUAGGCCUGUAAAAAUCCAGCAGAAAACUGAAGAACACUAUGAGAGUGCUGGAAGUAAAUAUGCAGACGAAAUACUAAGAAGAGUGCAAAAUUGCAACAUCCCGUACAGCAGAUUAGACAGUCCAAUAGAUGAAACUUCUAAUGAGGCGACAACAGGAGUUAAAGCAGUGGAGCAGCGAGCCUACAGGUCACGGUUUUUUGUGUGGAAUCUGCAUUUUGUUUGUACGGCAGUAAUCACAAGAACAUUAUUUGCCUUUGGACUAGGGUACUUAUUUAGUGAGCUUGUGUUUUUACCAUUACUGCUUCUGCUGCUGAGUGAAAUACUGCUGACCAAAACAGUUAAUAGCUCAAGCACUUACGGCAUUUUGGGAGGAGCUCUGAUAUUGAUAGGACUACCUUCACAUUUAGUGACGACUUGUGCCUAUUGUGUGUCUGUAGCUUCCCAUCUGAUUGGUGUUUUUGCCAUCUACCUGGUUUCAUUUACACUCACUGACUGUGUUAUCAACUCAGUGACUUCUGCAGACAGUGGGUAGCAGACAGGUGUAAUCAACAACUUUUGACACAGACUGUGCUGGUAAAAUUACUUGCUAUUGCUAUGUGCUGUUAAUUUGUUUGAGAAAUUCAAUAUAUUUACUGGAGUGCUAUUAUCAUGAACUCUUCUACUGUAAAAUUUUGUAAUAGACCUAUGAGGCCCUUCAACGCUUCACAUAUUGUUUCACACCAGAUCACAUAUGAGAGAACAAGUUUUAUACAAAAAAUAAAAUAAAAUUGGAUAAAGAGUACACAUGACACUAAUGGCAUUUAUGCAGGAUAGAAAUCAUAAAUACAACAUGUUACGGCACUAAGUUGUUGCACCUGUUAAAAUACAUAGAACAUCUAUUAUGUUUGUGCAAAAAGAAAUUCUCUCUCUCUCUCUCUCUCUCUCUCUCUCUCUCUCUCUCUCUCUCUCUCUCUCUCUCUCUCUCUGCAUAUAUAUAAACACACACACCAUGUAAGAACACCAAAAUCUUGCUAAGUGCUAUUAACCUGGUCAUUCACUAUACCUCACAGCUCUAGAAUGUCAUUGCUGAGAUAAUGAUGGAGGAUUGGUAAAUGAAGUAAAAGAAGAGAUGUUGAAUAUCAUAUAAAAUUAAAAUUAUUUGAACAUUAGUGCAAUUUCUGUGUAACAUAAGAAUGAGUGCAGAUUUUGUUGUUUGAGUAUGUGUAUUAUGUAAAUGAAUUAUUUUAAAAACUUAUGUAUAAGCUUACCAGAAGGUAAUGAAUUGUCAGUUUUCAGAUUAUGUUAAAUACAUUUUUGAGCAUGGUUAUGAGUAUCAUAAGGUAUUUUUGGUAUCGAAUGAAUAACAGUUUUUUGUGGUUUGUUGCAUGUUUUCAAUAUAGCUGUUUGUAAAUAUUCAUUUUCUUAUGAAAGUGAGAGGUUGAUAUAAGUUUCUUUUUGUGAUUUCUGAAAAUAAGGCUGAAUGUAACUGUGACUGGUUUGUAAACUUAUUAACACCAAAGUAUGUGAUACAGAGUAGUUAAUUUAUAGCCUGCAAAGAAUAUAUUUGAAAAUGGGUAGAGGAAACCCAUUUAUGCUUUACAACGAAGUAGAUUUGUUAAGCUGUUUUCAAGAGGGAAUUCAAUUUCGCCAGAAAUAUGCAGAUUCUGUAGUAAUAUAGUAUCUGUUCUCUAGUGAGAACUUCUAAGAUACAUUGUACCUGAGUGUUUGUGUUAGGUACAGUGCUGUUUGCUUUUAUCAUAUUAAAAAUAUUGUGGUCCAGAAUAUUAUUCGUUUAGGUUGCCUAUCUACAAGCAACCAAACAUAAUUUUUCGACAUGUAUUUUUAUAUUUUGAUUGUUAAAUAAUAAUGCAGAAGCUAAUAAAUUUUGGAAUCAUA